AUGGCCUUAAAUCUCUUUCAUUUCUGUCUCCAAGGCACCAUCACUCCACAUCUUGGAAAUCUCUCAUUUCUCUUAUCACUUGAUAUCCGCGAUAACAAUUUCAAUGGAAAUAUACCCAAGGAGUUGGCUCGUUUGCAUCGACUCAAGGAAAUCCAUUUGCAAAACAAUAGUUUGUCUGGAAGUUUGCCUGUAGAUAUGUGCAGCAAUCUUACUAAACUUGAAGAACUUGAUCUUUCUCGGAAUCGGCUUCAUAGACAAAUUCCAUCCAGUUUAUUCAAUUGCAGGGAGCUCCAAUAUUUGUCAUUGUCAUUCAUUGGCUUUAAUGGAAACAUACCUAGAGAAAUUGGCAAACUGACUAUGCUCAAGGAAUUAUAUCUUGGUAAUAACAACUUGAAAGGGUAUUCUAUAAUUACUUGUGAGCAUAUAUCAAAACAGGGAAUUCAGGUCUCAGGAUCGAUUCCUCCUAAUUGCAAACAAUUUCUUAUGGGUCACGCCAACAGAGAUAGUUACUCGAUUUCAGAGGAGCUUGUACAGUAUAACAAGGGAGAAAAUUAUAUAUGUGUUCCUUCUAACUACUUUGUAGGUGUAAUUCCUUUGGAGAUGGGUAAUCUUCCACGUCUAGAAAUAUUGAGCUUUCAAAAUGGCUUUCUAGCAGGCCCCAUUCCAUCUUUCAUCUUCAACAUUUCUUCUUUGAAAAGUAUUGAUUUCACAAAUAAUAGUUUGUCUGGAAGUUUGCCGGUAAAUAUGUCCAUCCAUCUUCCAAAACUUGAAGGACUCUAUCUUUCUCGGAAUCGGCUUCAUGGACAAAUUCCAUCCGGUGUAAUUCCUUUGGAGAUGGGUAAUCUUCCACGUCUGGAAAUAUUGAGCUUUCAAAAUAGCUCUCUAACUGGCCCCAUUCCUUCUACCAUCUUCAACAUUUCUUCAUUGAAAAGUAUUGAUUUCACAAAUAAUAGUCUGGAGCUCCGACAUCUAUCAUUGUCAUUCAAUGACUUCAAUGGCAUCAUACCUAGAGAAAUUGGCAACUUGACUAUGCUCAAUGAGUUAUAUCUCGGUAUGAACAACUUGGAAGGUGUAAUUCCGUCAGAGAUAGGCAAUCUUCAACAUUUGGAAGUACUGAGUAUACUCGAUAGCUCUCUAACAGGGUCCAUCCCAUCUUCAAUUUUCAACAUUUCUUCUCAAAGAACAAUUAAUUUCUCAAACAAUAGCCUGUCUGGAAGUUUGCCAGUAGAUAUGUGCAAUCAUCUUCCUAAACUUGGUAGACUUUUUCUCUCUUGGAAUCAGAUUGAAGGCCAUAUUCCAUCCAAUUUACACAAAUGUGGGGAGUUCCAAGAUUUGUCACUGUCAUUCAAUGGCUUUACUGGCAUCAUACCUAGAGAAAUUGGCAACUUGACUAUGCUCAAAGAGAUAAAUCUUCGUGAAAACAACUUGAAAGGUACUUUACCAGAUGAGAUUGGUAACCUUAAUCUCGAGAGGCUUAAUGUCUAUGGAAACACCUUAACUGGCACCAUUCCAUUAAAAAUAUUCAAUGUGUCAACAAUGAAAAUCCUUAACCUGGGAUUUAAUAACUUUUCUGGCAAUCUUCCUUCGGAUAUAGGGUUUUGGCUUCCGAAUCUUGAAGAGCUUUAUCUAAUCAUGAACAAACUCUGCGGAACAAUCCCAAGCUCUAUCUCUAAUGCUUCUAAGCUUACCAUCAUUAGCAUGAGCAUGAACUCAUUCACUGGAUCUAUACCCAACAUGAUUCCAACAUGCUUAGGUGAGUUUAAAUCUCUAAUAUGGCUCUACCUUGACUCCAACAGAUUGAGUUCCAAGGUACCGUCAAACUUGUGGAGCCUUGAAGACCUUUUGGGUCUCAACCUGUCCUCAAACUUUCUAAUUGGUGAGCUACCAUUGUAUGUCAGAAACUUGAAGGUAAUAACCCUAAUUGAUUUGUCAAUGAAUUAUUUAUCAGGUACAAUCUCAAACACCAUCGGAGGAGCUCAGUCGUUAGUUUGUCUCUCGUUGUCCCACAAUAAAAUACAAGGACCCAUUCCUCGAUCACUAGGCAACCUUGUAAGCUUGGAAUUAUUGGAUCUAUCCGGUAACAAUUUGUCUGGAGAAAUUCCCAAGUCCUUAGACGCACUCCAGUAUCUCAAAUAUUUGAAUGUGUCUUUCAAUAGACUGCAAGUGGAAAUUCCUACUGGAGAACAUUUCGCAAACUUUACAGCUCAAUCCUUUAUGCAUAAUGAUGCACUUUGUGGUGAACCCCGACUGCAAGUUCCCCCUUGUAAAACCAACAAGAAUGGGCGAUCAAGGUCGAAAAUUGUUUCGUAUCAGGAACUUUUACAAGCAAUAAAAGCAUUCGGUGAAACCAACCUAAUAGGCAUGGGAAGUUAUGGUUCAGUAUAUAAAGGAACGCUUUUGGAUGGGAUGAAUAUUGCGGUGAAGGUAUUCAAUUUGCAACUAGAAGGAGCUUUCAAGAGUUUCAAUGUCGAGUGCCAAAUAAUGCGCAACAUUCGUCAUCGGAAACUAAUUAAAAUCAUCAGCAGUUGCAGCAACAUGGAUUUCAAAGACUUGAUACUAGAGUACAUGCCUAAUGGGAGUCUCGAGGAGUGGAAGAAGCCGACUGAUGAAAUGUUUGCCAGAGAGGUGAGCUUGAAGCGUUGGGUGAAGGAAGCAAUAAAGGGUUUGAUAAUUGAAAUUGUGGACACCAAUCUGAUAGAAAGAGAUGACGAAAAUUUCUCUGCUAAGGUGGAAUGUGCAUCAUCUAUCUUUCGUUUGGCCAUGGAUUGUUCCAAUGAUUCAGCUAAGGAAAGGAUCAAUUUGUUUGAUGCUUUGGCCACACUCUUUUCUAGCAAAUAUUGA